AUGUCUGACACAGAAGAGACGGCUGGAUCUGCUGACAUUACAGCUAAGCCUCAAUUUGGCUCCAAUGUCUCCCUGAACAGUGAACCAACGGACCACAAGAUGGAGCCACCAUCUAACUUCAAGGUGAUAGCACCGUUCGCACUGGACAUGACUGACCGUGAUCCUACCAACAUGAAUGACCAUUUGAAGGUUCUCUUUGAGGAUGUGAUAGCAGAACCAGAAGGUACCCAUAGCUUUCAGACAAUAUGGCGGACAAGUUUUGCCACCUUCAGUGCAACCAAAAAAUGGACUUACCGCAUAUUGAGUGCCAUCUGUGGCGUCCCAUGUGCCUUUUGCUGGGGUAUUCACUUCGCCUGUCUCACUUUCUGUAACAUCUGGAGCGUGGUGCCCUCUAUAAAAAGCUACGGAAUUCAACUCAAGGCAAUUGGGACAGUAUUUGGAAUGUGCAUUCGUACAUUUUCUGACCCUUGCUUCGAGUCCUUCGGUCGCAUUUUUGGGCGUAUGCACCUUGAUCUGGUUCGGAAGUCAUCAAAGGAUACAGUGCUCAAUACCUGAGAUAAGACAAUUGUCAAUCCUCCUAUAGCAGUCACCUAUCACGCGAACUACAGCAAACCCUCAAUUAAUUCAAACAACAUGGAUUAGUAUCCCCCCUCCAACCCCCUAAAAUGUUUGGUUAAUGUAAUUUAUGCCAAUUUGAAAGUCCUGAAUGAAG